AUGGCGUCGGGGAUUCAAGUCCUCCCAGGUGCCUUGUUUUUGGUCUGCCUGGCCAGUGUGCCGUGUAUGGGUACCACCAAUAGCUGUGCAGAGCUGGGUUUCUCCUCCAACCUCCUCUGUAGCUCGUGUCGUGAUCUGAGGGAGUUUAAACUGGAAGAACUGGAAACUGAUUGUGAGCAAUGCUGUACCACUGAUGUGGAGGGGGGUGAUGAGAAGAUGUACGCUGGUGCUAUUCUGGAGGUGUGCGGAUGAAAAUUGGGGCGGUUUCCUCACAUUAAAGAAUUUGUGAAGAGUGACCGCCCUAAAGGUUUUCCUGGUCUAGAGGUUCGUUAUAAGAAGGGGGCUAACCCAACUCUCAAACUAUUGGACGAGACGAGGACAGUACAAGACACACUCGCGAUUGACAGGUGGGACACUGACACUAUAAUGGAAUUCCUCUCUGAAAAGAUCGGCACUAAAUAUUAAAUCACAAACUCUGACCCUCUAACCAUAAUUAGCGCACUCUGCAGUCUAUCUGUCUCCCCUCACACACUCAGCCGUCACUUUGUGGUUGCAUUUGUACGCUUGUUCUCACAUGUUAGUCAUCCAUAGAUAACAGAUUGUGUUGUGUGUUCACAUGUUUUAUGAAGGUGUUGUUUCAAACUGGUUGCCCAGACAACAGAACCUGAUGUAUUCAAUUUGUGUACACACUGUUUAUCUAUUACUAUUAUCUUUAUUUGGCAAUUUAUCGUGUGAUAAUGAUUCAUGUCCCAUUCAAUAAUUAGCCAAAACAA